CCAAAGACAUGAAGAAAUCGCUGCAACCCCCGACUUUGUCUGCCCUCCCCUUUGUCAGCGUGUUUGCCCCCCCUCACUCGUCGUGCUUUCACAUGGGGCACCAGCGGGGGGAGGGAAUAAACUUGGGCCGCAACCGGCUGCAAACUCGGCCCGUCCACCUUCGACGCGCGAGCUGGACCCGCCAGCCCGCUACUCGCGCAGAAGGGCCGACAGUCAAGGUAGCAUAGCUAACCCGGAAACGUCAUUGCUUAUCACACCACAGUUGACUUUGAUUCGAUUCAAACUCAUGUGAGGAUCUCUUAUUUUGACACUACAUACCGGAAGUGGAUUUCUGUUUUGAUUACUUAUCAAAUGUAGGAAAUGUAUUUUUGCAUCUGGCGCGUUAAACCCGGAAGUGAGCGGUUUCAUAGAAAUCAUAUAUGUUUGUAAUAGAUGUCUGAUGCGCUCCGUGAGUCAAUAGGGACGAGUUUCGUCACUUGUCGGCAAUUUUGCGUCAUGACCGUUCGCUGAAUGUGGGUUGUGUAUGGAGCGUGCACUUUCAUAAACGUCAAAGGUGCACUAAAUUAACGACUUCUAAAUAAUUACUUCAUUUUGUUUCAUGUACGGGCAGAAUCAGAGCGUCCUCUGACGCAAAAUGGCCGUCAGUAACUUACUCCUUUACACAUCUAGCCUUAUAUAUGUGAUAUAUAUGGCCUCACUUGAUUUCAUGAUUCUAUUCCAGUGGUUCUUAACCUUGCUAAAGGUACCGAACUCCAUGAGUUUCACACAUGCAUGAACCGAACCCUAUUGAAUUUGACCCCCCCAACUUCAAAAUUGAUAUAUAUCUAAGCUAACAAGCUAAAAGCUAUGUGAAUUUUCAUUCAAAUUUCUUCUCAUUUAGAUGGCAUGUUUUUAAACAGGUCAGAUUUUAUUUUAUUUUUUUAUUCGUGAAGCAUCAUCAGACCACUAAACCAAGACUGGCCCAAUAUUAAACCUGCUUAGUUGCAUUAAAAUUGAGUGUACAGUAUCUGUCAUGUUUACAUCUCAAAUGAUAUGAAAUUUAAUGAAACACUUUGCACAAAAUGAUGCCAGAUUUGUACACGGAGUUAUUAUGUUAAAAAAAAAACAAAAAAAAACAUGAAUCUUGUCCAAUAAACAGUGUUAAUUUACAACAAAUAAUUUUGCCUUUUGAUUUGCUUUUCAAAUUGGAAAGUGAAAUUAAACUCGAUUCAUUUCACACUGUUUCUAUUUUUGUUUUCAUGUUUCAUGCUAAAUUUAUCACAUCUUCGCCUCUCAUUCUAUUUUCGUGGCGUAAAACGUGAUGCAAAUGUUGUUUUUUAUGUCAACGCGGUGCACGCCACCCAUAGGUCUGUAGUACUUCUUCAAACCAAGUGAGAGUCAACCUUCCACUGAGCAAACAGUUUCUCCUUCCAUCAGAUUGAAGAUUAGCAGUUAAAAGAAUCGGUAUCAAGCCUGUAAAUUGGGGACUAACCAGUCCAAAACCUGGUCUAAAACGCCACUUUGCCUUAGAUUUUGUCAGUGUCCAAAAAUAGGGCCUUGCGUGUCGUAAGACUCGUAACCUUCACCGCGCUUAGACCUAAUCACCGAACCCCUGGGGUUCGAUCGAACCCAGGUUAAGAACCACUGUUCUAGUCAUUAUACGGCGACCUCGUCUUUCCGGCUUUUAUUUUAACACGACGUGCCGGAAAUGCCCAAUUAUAUUCGUUUUUACUUUUACCGAAGGCUCACGAGAGGGUGCAACUCUUAAAUUGGACAUAAUUCUAACAUGCCUGCCACCUCUGUCGUGGAAUGUUCUAUUUAAUAUGCUUUGUUAGUAUAACGGAAUUACAACAGUGGCACACGUUACUCCCAAAUGUGCCGUCACAUGGCUGGGCCAACUUUUGGUCUUCGGUUGGUCCACCUUAAGCGCACGAGACAGACGAAAGCAGCGGCUUUUACUGUGAAGGACAAAUGAGCCAACUAUAACGCGGAAGUGGGCCGCGUCUUAUUUAAUGUUAAGAAACACUGAUAUUAAAUUGACAGUCGCGAGUUUUAUUUUGACACGACGCUUAGGAUGUACGUGUUCACAAUAAAUUACGCUUACAGACGGGGGAGUGAAAAAGGCUAAACCGUAACAUUGUCGACCAUCUCGGAACGUCAUGCGUUAAAACACGUUCUCAGCCUGACGAGAUUGUAUUUCUGCCACCAGCUGACUUUUUUACUUCCUAAACGUAGCUCCACUUUGUAAAACCGGUCGUUGCCGUGUGCUCCACCUUAAGGGGGAGCGAGAAAGAACGGGAGGGUGAAACUUCUGGGAGCUGCAACUCGGCCGGUCCACCUUAAGCGCACGAGCCAGACGCAGGCAAGCGUACGGACGAAGGUUUCCGCUUCUCCGCCGCUGCAACUAACGCACCAGAGAAGGAGACCCCCCCCCCCUCUCCCCGCACACCCCCUUGAAAAAUAAUAACACAAAAAAGAAGAGGAAAAUGUCCGACGACAAGUACCGCGAGUGGAUACUGGACACUAUUGACUCGCUCCGGUCCCGAAAAGCCCGACCGGACUUGGAGCGAAUCUGCCGAAUGGUCCGGCGUCGCCACGGGUGCGAGCCCGACCAAACGUGCGGCGAGCUGGAGAAGCUCAUACGCGAGCAGACGGUUCUCAAAGUCAACUACAAGGGCUCAAUUUCAUACCGGAACGCCGCUAAGGUUCAGCGGAGGUGCCGCAAGAAGGACGACGCGGUGACGGCGUCUGCUGCGGUGGCGUCAGCGUCGGCGUCUAUCGCGGCCGUCAACGACGCCACUCACUCGGACUUAAGCAACGGGGACAGCGCGCUCGGCCCGGCGGACCCGGACGACGAAGACGAUGACGACGAGGCUGACACCUCCAUGGCCAUGGACACGGACAGCAACCUGGACGAAGGUGACGAAAGCCGGGACGGCCAAGACGGACCCUCCCUUGCCCCCGCUUGCGCGACGGCGACACUAUCCCGAGCGGCAUCUGCGCCCUGCUCGCCUUCUCACGCUCGCCCCGGGCUCGGUCCCGGUCCAGAAUUUGUCCCCUCCUUCCAAACGGCGGUUGGCAGGCCCAGCUCUUUGCCCCCUUUGAGUCCCAAGAUCCUCACACACCACGACUGGGCUAACGGGAUUACCGUCUGCCCGGGGGAGCGCCAGGAACAGACGAUGCCCAUAGAUAAAGCGCCAGUCCACCCCGUGUCAGUCUGUCCUAGUGUCUCAGGGAAUAACGCCAAGGACGAGGACAAGAUGGAGGACAGCAGCCCACUCUCAGACCAGUUGGUGCCGGACUACGCCGCGCAACUGGAACGAAGCGGUGACUCAGUAGAGGUUCGAGCACAGAGUCUGUCUUCAUCAGAAGAUGGUGCUUCAAAGAAGAACGCAGCUACGCUCUCCUCCUUCGCACAAGUCGAGAGCGUUCAUAUAAACGGAGACGAUAAAAGCGACGACGUCUCGGUGAAAAAGGAGAAGAUGAGUCAGAACUUGCUGCACUGGACGGUGGCCGACGUUGCCAGUUACUUUGCCGACGCUGGCUUUCCGGAGCAGGCGCUAGCGUUCAGGACGCAGGAAAUUGACGGCAAGUCGCUGCUGCUCAUGCAGCGCAGCGACGUGCUGACCGGCCUGUCCAUCCGACUGGGCCCUGCGCUCAAGAUCUACGAGCGCCACAUCAAGGUCCUGCAGAGGAGCCACUUUCUGGAAUGUGACGACCUCUGAUGGAUUCAACGGGGGAAACAAAGAACUCAUCCAGUUAAAUCCCGCCACACGUCAUCACGUUUGAUGAUUCUUGGAGGAAGUAAAGGACCAGUGACGGUGGCAAAAAGCAAUCAUCCUACCUCCUCAUUUCACCUGUGCAAAAAGGAGCAGUGGCCCUUUAAGAAAAGCCACACGUGCACUUCCUGUGGACUUCCUGUGACGCGCGCUCUUCUGAAUAUUCCCACCAAAGUUCAACAAAACAAACGUCCCGUGUUCAUUUGUAGUGCUUUACGUCAUCUGUUUGCGUCGUGAGCGGCAACACACGUGGUCGAUAAACAAAACUGAACGAAAAACAAGCAAUUCUGAGGCUUUCGGUCGAUGCGGUGGACCUCAUUUACAGUAUGAAUUCUUCUGCCGCUUUGUCUUUGUGUCGUGAUACCUGUCAACCAUUUUAAGUGUAUAACAUUCCAUUAGACGGGGCCGUUUUUUUUUUGUUUUGUUUUGUAUGAAGUGGUCCAUGCUUUGGACAAGAGUCACGAAUAAAGCUCACACUUAUGUUUGUCCUGUUUAAUUUUGGUUUGGAAAAGGACACUUUCAGGACAGUCGUAUAAAGAGGGAGUUACAGUGUAUCACAAAAGUGAGUACACCCCUCGCAUUUCUGCAGAUAUUUAAGUAUAUCUUUUCAUGGGACAACACUGUAAAAAUGACACUUUGACACAAUAAAAAGUAGUCUGUA